UUCCUGCGGCCAAAAUGUGUGACAAGCCCGACCUGUCUGAAGUGGAGAAGUUUGACAAAAAGAAGCUGAAGAAAACCAACACGGAAGAGAAGAACACCCUUCCUUCCAAGGAGACUAUUGAACAGGAGAAGGAAUGUGGGAAGUCAUCAUAGAGAUGGCCGGUGAUGUGAAGCGCCUGUUCUCUCUUCCUUAAUCUUGUUUGCGUUAACUUUUUUUUUACUACAAUGUAUAUUGUAUUAAAUGCUGCAGCUCCCAUUGCAACCAUCCUGUCUCCACUGCUUUGGAUCCCUCUGAAGCCUUGACUACACCUGGCCACUC